UAUAAAUGCUUCUCCUCUUCGUAAAUGGCCUUCAGAUAUGCUUCGAAGUUCAAGGUGAUAGGCACGUUGUUCUUCCUGGUGUACCGAACGGACAAUAUUUCCGUGUGUUCGUCUUUCGGCUAACCAAUUAUUUUUUUUUAAUUUUGUGGUUUUGUGCACCUUGCGACUUUAUUUUUUUUUUUGGGGUUCAAAAUAAAACAAAAUGGAUUACAAACUGGUCGUUUGCGUCGUACUGGCUGGAAUCGCUGUGGUCGGUUGUGAGCAAGUGAAGGAAAAUGUGACGCAGGAAAAUGCACGCACAAAGGUCACGUUAAGGGACUUCAUACCGUGUGCUGUGAAGUACGAUGUUUCGUGUCUGUUCGAUAAGGCGGACGAUUAUCUGGCGGAUCGACGACAGGAACUUUUAGCUCAAGCUGAUGCUGAGGUCAUUACGUCUGGGCGUGCCGACAAAAGUCAGAUGCCUUCCGUUUUGGCCGACACCAUUUCCAAAAUGCUGGAAGAGCUGACCGGCAUGUUGAAGGAUGGUCUCAGCAAUCUUUUCCCAAGCGCCAAAGAAGCCGGCGACGAUGAUGAAGUAGAAGAAACUGAGGUCGAUGAAAAUGAUGAGGAAAAAGAAACCAAAAAGGGACGCGCCAUGGAAGAGGGCAGAAAGAAGGAGAAAAAGAAGAAGAUUAAGAAACUCAUUUCCGUGAUCAAAUUCUUGGUACUUGGCGGUGCCUUAAAAGCCGUAAUUGGUACAUUGUUGAAGCUCUUCCAUGCUCACCUGCAAGUGAAAUUCCUGUUGAUCGCUUUGGCCGGAUUAUUAUUGAACGCCGCCAGAUUCUGGAUCGACCUGAAAAAGGGACAUUCACCACAAAAAGUUAUCUACUACGAACAUGCCCAACAUCAACAUCAUUACGAAGGAGAGGAUGACUGGGGACACAGCAGUGGUCCUGAGGGAGGUUACUGGGGCCGUGCCUACGAUGAAGAGGACGAGAAAAAGACUGCCCAGGAUUUGGCUUACGCCAAUCAAAGACCAGUCGGAACUGAAUACUCCAAAGUGGACAACAAACCCAACUUCUCUUGGCUCGGUUGACCGAAAAAACGUCAAUAUCUAUAAUUAAUUUAUUUUUAAACUUUAAGUAUAAUUUAUUUAGUUACUUUUAGAUACGUUAGGCUAUCGCACUUUAAUCGUUAAGUCCGUGCCAAACGCAAGCACUACUAUAGAUUAUUUAUUUAUAUUUAUUUAAUUAAAUUAUUUAUUUAUUUCUUCUGUUGCGCUUGAUGCGAGGAACAUAUUUCAUCACUUUGUUCGGGGUUUUGAAUUCACGAUCCUAUCCUGUCGCUUUACGUUUCUUCGCUAGCUAUAGCAUGUUCCUCGGCUGCUUUCCCUAGUUUCUAAAAUAACAAUCUCAGGUAGAUCAUUGUAAAUUUUAUUACAAUUGGGAAACGUGUAAUAUGUAAAUUUUGUUCGUUUUGAGUCACUAGUCAUACAGUUCAAGCAGAUUCGUUUAUCCGUUCGGUCAAUCGGAGUGAAGAUAAACGAUAAUAUCGUCA